UGUUUUUUCUUACCGUUCCUUUCCCUUUCCAUGCUCCUGCCUCCCUAUUCCCCGCCGCCUGCCUUCCCUAUUCCUUGGCAUGAGCCCUCCGCCGCCUGCCUCCUCACCACCACCUAGAUCAAUCCGAUUAGAUGAGGAAGCAAUUUCCAUCCUCUCCUGCCUCCUCCUGACUUCCGAGCCCUCUUCCCGCAGAAUCCUAGUCGCUUGUACCCACGCCUCACCCCACCCUAAUCCUUUUCCUUGCUUCAAGUCCACCCCUUACCACCGUCGACCUCUUCCCCAUCUUCCUCCCCACAUCAACCGAGCUACUGGUACAAGCUCAUCUCCGAUCGAGACCUCUUCCCUUGGUCGUUUGAAUUCAAGGUUUUGGGAGAGCUCUCGAACCCCAAAGUUCCUUUUUUUGUCUAUUGUUUAGGUUUUUGGGUUGUUGAAUGGCGAUGGAGGAUGCAACAGAGAGUUGUGACAGUUGGGAUGUGGUGGAUUUGGCUUGCAUACAUACUCGGCAGAAACUGCAACACUGUGUAUAACCAGUUCCUUAACUACCACCAUCUUUACUCUGAUGCAUGCGCCACCUUCACGUUGCGUUGUUGCCAUUCCACGAAGUCACCACCUACACCACAUGCGCCUGUGCUAUUGCAGCCUAUAGUCACAUAAGUUUAGUAUAUGGAAGAUUCCUAUGAGUGAUUCUUCUAUAGAACUUCCUAAAGAUGGCAUCCACAUUAUUGCAUAGAGGAGGUCAAGUGGAUGAGGAUACUUAUGCAUGAGCAAUAUAUUAUCUCAACAAACUUGGUUGGUUUGUUACUUUAUACAAGAGAAACAAUUCAUCUCAUGGAGUUCAAAGACAUGCUAUUAGCAAGAGGAUGGAGGAAGAAAUUAUUGAAUGAAUAAAUUUGAAGCUCGUUAUCACAAAAAGUAGGAGAGGGAGGAAAAGCUUAUCGAGGAAGGUAGACAAAGAGAAGAAAAUCUCAAGAAGAUGAUUCAUAAAAUAAUUCAAAAGGAUGGUGGAGAGGUUAAUUUAGGUUUCCAGGAGGCUAUCUUCAUUAAGGAUCAUCGUUCACCGGAGCUAGCGUACCACUUCAUAGAUUUCAAAUAGGAUCAAAUUUGGCACCGUCUGUGGGAAUUAUUCACAGAUUUCAAAUAGGAUCAAACUUGAGCGUCGGAGGGCCUAGACUGAGAUAAAGUCGCUAAGCAUAAAAGGGAGCUAAUGGAGGCAAAGAAGAAAAUUUCAGAACAAGAUGCACAUAUACAAAAAGUUGAAGCAAUGGUAUAUAAAAGUGGGCAUGCGACAUUUUGAUUGAUGACAAAGGCAGUUACUCAGUGAAGUUACAUCACAUGAAAGAAGACGACAUUAAGAUUGAUGAUGAUGACAUGCAGAUUUUGUCUAAAGAUGAUGUUUUACAGGGUAAAUUAGUUGCAUUGAUAUUGGAAUCUAGCACAAAUGUUGUUGCAUAUGGUACAAUUGUUUGUAUCAAUGAACCGAAUAAAAUGCUUCAUGGUGUUUCAUUUCCCAAGAAUUGUAUGCGAGUCUCCAUUGAUGAAGCAGUGGAUAAAUCAAGACCUUUGCCAUAUCCAAUUCCAAGUGAAUGUGAAGUAAUUGGUGAUGUCAUAGGAACCCAUGUGGCUUGGCCACAACACUUGAUAGUGAAGCAAGAUGAGUUCACAAAAGCGGAGUACUCUCAAGAAGAAAUUGAUGAGGUGCAGUCUGAAUUGGCGGAAUAUAUAGAAGAUCAUAUUUAUGAGUAGAUAUGGAAUGAUGUUUGCCAUAAUUCAAUUUAGAUUUAAGUUUAUGGAAUGAUGAUCCUCUUUUUCCAUUUAGUUAAAGCUAAUAUAUGAAUUGAUUAAAUUUCUUUUUUUAGACACUGCCCUAUUACUUUAACAACUACGUGUGUGCAGGUAUAAUGGUAGUUUGCCAAAAAAUGGCACAUCAAUAUUUCAUAUGUUUGCCAUAAUCAACAGAAGAGCUUUAGCUAACAUAGGAGAAUGGUAGUUGUCACAUUAUAGCUGUCACACAUCUCCCUUUGAUGUGCCAGUUUUUUAUUACCAGUUUUAGCCAGCACGGGAGAAUGGUAGUUUUUGAUUGAAUUUCAACAACUAGGUGUGCAGGUUUUUGAUUUUUAAUUUGUAUGUGUGUCAGUUUUUGGAUUUUUGAUUUGUUUGCCUUGUUUGUGCAGUCUUAUCAAACACAGGGUCACUAAUGAAGGAUAGGAGCAUAAGUCAAUUUAGAAUGAUAUGCCGAGAAUCUGCUUUCUUGCUUUUUAAAUUUGUGCCCAGAAUCUAAUUUAUAAUCUGCUUUCUUGCACAUAAUCAGUAUAGAAUGAUUUGUUUGCCUUGUUUGUGCAUAUUCAUCUGCUUUCUUGCUCUUUUAAAUUAGUGAAUUUUUUCAAAUAGAGAUCAUGUUCUCUAUUCAGGAUCUCAAAUUUUACAACAAUAACUUUUAGCAUUUCUUUGUCUACUUAUACAAAUUUUUGUUUUG